GGCCUCCGGAACGCGUGCGGCGGGCUCUCGUUCCCGGGGGGGACGCCAUUCGCAGACGGACCCGGUAGGCCGCGUGCCCGGCGCCGGCCCUUCUUGGCGCACCACUUUUAUCCAAGGAAUAAGAGAAAAUGUUAGGCUCCUGCCUGCUUUUUAACAGGAGGCGUUUGACCCGUGUUUUUGCAUGUUGUCAGUCUCUUCAAGGACGUGACUGUUUCAGCCUCCGGACUAAUUUCUGUGCUCUCAUAGAGCUGCCCGCCAGAUGGAUAUCGGCUUAUAGAAAAGUUGCCCCUGUCUUCACCAGAGCAUCGGCCUUUGGAGAAAAGGUGGCCAUCAUUGACCAAAGAGGAGAACACAGCUACAAAGAUUUGUACGCUCAAAGUCUUUGCCUCUCCCAGAAAAUCUGCAAGGCCCUUGGAAACUCAGAUGGUGACCUGAAGGGCGAACGGAUUUCCUUUUUGUGCCCCAACGAUGCUUCCUAUGUCGUGGCCCAGUGGGCUACCUGGAUGAGUGGAGGUAUUGCUGUGCCUCUGUACAGAAAGCAUCCUGUGUCGGAACUGGAGUACUUCAUCCAGGACUCUCAGAGUGCCCUUCUGCUUGCGGAGGAAGAAUUUGAGGACAAAAUGACCCCUACUGCUGAGAAACUGGGUGUGCCUGUGCUCUCGCUUCCCCAGUCCGGGAAGUGGGAAGGGAGAACGGAUGGAUCCGCUGGUGAUGCCGGUUGCCCCAUUUCAGAAUGGGAGAACAGGGGGGCCAUGAUCAUCUACACUAGUGGGACUACGGGAAGGCCCAAGGGAGUCCUAAGCAGUCACCAGAAUGUCCAUGCUAUGAUAACCGGGCUGGUUGAGAAAUGGGCCUGGACAAACGAUGAUGUCAUUCUCCAUGUCCUGCCCUUGCAUCAUGUCCAUGGGGUGGUCAACAAACUGCUGUGCCCCCUCUGGGUGGGGGCCACCUGCAUCAUGCUGCCUGAGUUUAGUGCAGAAAAGGUCUGGGCAGCCCUCCUGAGCCUCCAGGCCCCCCGGGUCAACAUCUUUAUGGCAGUGCCAACCAUCUACAGCAAACUGAUCGCUUACUACGAGGAGCAUUUCUCUCAGCCACGUGUCCAGGACUUCAUCCAUGCCGUCUGCCAGGACCAUAUCCGGUUGAUGGUAUCGGGGUCCUCGGCCCUCCCGGUGCCGGUCCUAGAAAGAUGGAAGAGACUUACGGGGCACGUUCUCCUGGAGAGAUAUGGGAUGACAGAGAUUGGGAUGGCCCUUUCCAACCCACUGCACGGCCCUCGUGUUCCAGGGUCAGUUGGGACUCCGCUGCCCGGAGUGAAGGUGCGCAUCGCCACUGGAAGCUGGACCAAGGACGAUUCUGCGUUCUGCAUCCAUGCUGAAGGGGACGAGAUGGGCACAAGGGUGACUCCAGGCUUCGAUGCCAAAGAAGGGGAGCUCUUUGUGAAAGGACCCACGGUGUUUCAGGAAUAUUGGAACAGACCUGCCGAGACCAAGGACGCCUUUACUCCCGAUGGCUGGUUCAAGACAGGUGAUACAGCUGUAUAUCAGGAAGGUGUCUACUGGAUCAGGGGACGGACCUCGGUGGACAUCAUCAAAAGCGGAGGUUACAAGAUCAGCGCCCUGGAAGUUGAACGCCACCUGCUGGCCCACCCUAGCAUUGCAGAUGUUGCUGUGAUCGGUGCUCCAGACAUUGUCUGGGGUCAGAAGGUCAGCGCUGUGGUAGAACUCCACAAGAGCCAGGAAUUGUCUCUCCAGACCCUCAAGAAAUGGGCCAGACUCUCGUCAAGGCCGGGCACUGAUGUGGGGUGACAGGACAGCGUGGCCAGGAGCCGCCCAGGACAGAUCAGCAGUUCCAGGAGACGGUAUCGGAAGCGGCAGCUGGAAUCGGCCAGUGGUCUGGGAAGGGGAUUGGCUGCCUUGGCCACCCUUCCUCACGGGUGCACACGAGAUCCUGAAGGAGUCACUGGGUCCCUCUGGGUCCCAAGGCCAUGUGGCCAGAAGUGAAUGACGGAGGAAGGUCUCCCCACCAUCUGAAUGUUUCUGCCCCUCUAAGGAAGCCAGGCUGGGUGAGAGCAACUAUUCAAAGAAUAACAAGAGUCGGAAGGGACCUUGGAGGUCUUCUAGCCCAACCCCCUGCUCAGCAGGAGACCUCGUACCAUUUCAGACCAAUGGCUGUCCAGUCUCUUCUUAACAGUGUUAAGUGUCCAGUGAUGGAGCACCCGCAACUUCUGGUGGCAAGUUGUUCCACUGAUGAAUUGUUCUCACUGUCAGGAAGUGUCUCCUCAGUUGUAGGUUGCUCCUCUCCUUGAUGAGUUUCCACCCGUUGCUUCUUGUGCUGCCUUCAGGGGCUUUGGAGAACAGCUUGACUCCCUCUUCUGUGGGGCAGCCCCUGAGAGACUGAAAGAUUGCUUUCACUUAGCUUGCCGUAUCAGAUCCGGGCACCUGAACGGGCUCCUCCAGCAACGUCAGCUAGACUGGGAGGUGGGGAAAAAGAAAGCCUGAAGGAGGCCCUGGCAGAUCCCCCAUAUCGCCCCCAAGAAAGCCGCUGCCCGAGGAAUCCCCUUGGUGGGAAGGGCUCUCCUCCCUCCACACAUGAGGAAAGGCAAAGGGGCUUCUCCGCUCUUUGCCAGUGCUGGGGCUCCCCCUGCUGGCCGCCAAGCAGCAUUACCAGGUUACAGGCAUGCAUCACUAGGGCAGCCGAUGCUUCUUUGCGAGGCCUGAAGCUCUGAAGCCGAAGGGCCCCGCCGGUCAGAGAACCUGGCCCGGAUGCUGCCUUCGUGGCCCUUCCAAUCCUCAUGCCGCUCCUGUGUUUCCCAAGCUGGCCGGGCACUCUGUUGACGGUAGUUUAGCCUUGGAAGGACUUCGAAGAGGAAGCCAAGAAGAGCUGCCAACACAGCUGGCUCCCUCCAUGGGAAGAGACCUCUGGCUGUCCGGGGCAGGCGCACCCGUGCCCAGCUGGUGCUGCAGCUCUGCCAGAUCUCUCCCUCUCUCACAACCCCCCACCCCCUCAGGAGUGCCAACCGCCUCAGAGCCAACCGAGGUGGCAGCAGCUGCUACCGCUCAGCCUGCCAGGGCAGAGUGUGGGGUGCCCUCCGUGGGGAGAGGAAGGCAGCACCCCUCCCUUAAAGAGCUCCUGGUUGGUCCACAGUUGCUGAGGGGCUUCUGACUCCAUAGAGGGACUAGUCCCAUCUGUUAAAAUCCUGGGGGGUUGCGGGGAAAACAGUGGGAAACAUUUUCGUGAUAUUGGCAAUAAAACCACAGGGACAUGUUGACAAAAUCACCCAAUACUGAGCUCAUCUUGAAGAGGACUAGAAAACUAAGGAUGUCUCUUCACACAGCAAAUACUAAAUAGCACAUUUCAGCCUUGCAAAGUAAAAAAUUUAGUUCCAUAA